AUGUCUAUGCCAAGUUCAAACUCAAUUGAUAUUAAAUUAGCGUUAGCUCCGGAUGGUGUUGCGAUACCAUAUAUAGCUCGUUUUUGGAUGUUCCUUGUCUCAGAUAUCUUAUCCCUUAUGUGUUGUGUGUUUGUUCUUUAUUAUUUUCUCUUUGAUUCAACUCUUCGUCGUGGUCUAUAUAAUCAUGUCUUUAUUGUCGUUCUUUUCCUAUGUAUUAUUUGGGAAUUAACAAUUAUACCUUGGAUAAUGCACAUUUAUUUCUACAAUGUUGUUUGGAUACAAUCACAAACAUUUUGCAUCAUUUGGAAAUUUAUACAAAGUCUUAUAUACACUACAAUACCAAAACUUGUAGGAUGGGCAUCAGUUGAACGAAACAUUCUUAUUUAUCAUUAUCAAUUGGUUUCAACAAAGAAGAAACGUAUCAUUAUUCAUUAUAUACCAAUAAUAUUAAUUCUUAUUUAUGGUAUAGUUCUUUAUGCUAUUAUCACUCCUAUAAAUGACUGUAAAAGAAUAUUUUCAUACAAUACAAUUACGUGUGCAUAUGUUAGCUGUACAUAUAAUAGUGCAACAUAUGCUCUAUAUGAAUUUUUUUCUGGUGGAAUAUUAUCUUCUUGUUGUAUUGGAUUUGGUAGUGCUUCUCUAAUUAUUCGCAAUAUGUAUCAAAAGCAUCGUUUACAACGACAAAUACAUUGGAGAAAACAUCGAAAAAUGACAAUUCAACUAUUAUCUGUAGCAUCGAUAUUUUAUGUCUUAUUUUUACCUCGUGUAGUUUUCGGUAUAACUGAAGAACUUCAUGUUCAACCUUCGUUCGACGCCGUCUAUAAUAGAUACGCAUCUUUUUUUGCAUACUACAUCGUAUUUCUUCUGCCUUUUGCAUGCGCAGGUACAUUACCACAAUUGCGUAAAAGACUACUAAAAGUUUUUGGAUGUUCUUGGCGACAACGACAAAUGCGUGUUGUUGCUGUUCGAUGA